UCCGCUGCUUACAGAGAUUUUGUUCAGAGGCAGUGCUUUACCUAUUAGUUUGGACGUUAUUCCUUUCCAACCCAAUGCUGCGUUUCGUUGUGAUCAUACGCUGAAUUGUUACAUUUAUAAAGUUGUAAAGUAAAAAAUAAAUAAAUCAAGAUUUAUAGCCUGUAUGAAUCUUAGGCAGUCUGUGGAAAUUCAUCGUAUACGAACCGAACAGCAAAAGACAUUGCAUACCAAAGAGCUGGCUCUGGAAUAAUUAGGUAAUGCCUAGAAGGAUGGGAAAAAGCCAGGAGUGAACCAGAACAGCAGAUCAGUGAGACCAGUGCAGGGCAGGACAGCAGAUCAGUGAAGUGCAGAAUAGUAGAUCAGUGCAGAAGAGCCAAGCUACUAACUACUUCAGCUACUGCUACGUUAAGGUCUUUGCUCUACAACAAUGGAUGUGGAGGCUGUUGACUAUGACAAUUACACCUAUCAGUAUUUAGAGGACGGGGACCUUUUUGACACUGGGGCAGAUAGUUACAUCCAGAAGGAGACCCUGCAUAUAAUUUCAGUGGUCAUCUACACAUUGGCAUUCGUGCUCGGUGUGUUUGGGAACGGCAUCGUGAUCUGGGUGACAGCCUUCAAGAUCAAGCGGACGGUGAACAGCGUGUGGGUGCAGAACCUGGCGAUGGCUGAUUUUGUAUUCGUUCUUUUUCUACCUUUCUCCAUCGAUUAUGUGCUGCGUGACUUUAACUGGGUCUUUGGCCGGAACAUGUGCAAGCUGAACGCUUUUGUGUGCACGAUGAACAUGUACGCCAGUGUGCUGUUUCUCACUGUGCUCAGCGUGGACCGCUACAUCUCUCUGGUGCAUUUCGUCUGGUCCCGGCGGGAGCGCACGGUGCCGCGCGCGUGGGCCGUUUGCGCGCUGAUCUGGGUCUCCGCCGUCUUCCUGAGCGUCCCCACCCUGGUCUUCCGUGAGACGAUGCAGUACCACGGCAAGGUGAUGUGCUUCAACAACUUCCAUGAUGAGAACAUUCCUGUCGCUAUGGUGAGGCACAUGACCAUGGUGGCCCUGCGCACCACCGUCGGGUUCUUCCUGCCGUUCCUGACCAUCACUGUGACAGCCAUGCUCUUGGCCAUGAAGAUGAGACAGCUGGGCAUUCAGCAUGUCUCCAGCUUCUCCAGGAUGGUCUUGGCCAUCAUCCUCGCGUUCUUCUUGUGCUGGGCGCCGUUCCACAUCUUCUGCCUCAUGGAGCUGAGCACGUACCACUUCUACACUCUGCACCUGGUCCUGGCUGUGGGCUUCCCCCUGGCCACCAGCCUGGGCUUCUUCAACAGCUGCGUCAACCCCGUGCUCUAUGUACUGCUCAACAAGAACGUGCGCUCCAUCAUCAGGAGAUCCUGCAUGAACAUUGCCAAGAACUCCCUGAGAGAGCUCAACCACAACGUGUCCGACACGGAGUCCGUGUCGGCACUGGCAAGCUGCCCACCUGAAGACCUUACGGUUUGCUCUAGGGUGUGAAGUCCUGCGUUGUAUCCCAGCAUUUACGCAAGCACACUAGGAGUCCACGUCUCUGGCUUCAGCCAAGGCAUAAGAAUUGGUCAAUCAGACAUGCAUUUGUCUGAUCAUAUAGUAAAAUAUGCAUAUUACAUGUAAUCUAUUCUCUUUUUUUGCACAACUUAGAACUAUGAAAAAAGUCUAAAGUUUUUUUUCUCUAGCUUUUCUCUAAGGGUUUAUAACAAGCAAUCUUUAUACUUUGCUGUUUUUGGAGCUGGUCACCGACAUAUUUGCAGUCAUUUGGGUGCCACUAUAAAAUGCUCAGAGUGGAAAACCUGAGCAAGCAACAUUAGUCCCAACCACACUACCAGUGCGGACAGACACACAAAGCGAAGCCUUCUUCUUCACCCAGUACGCCAAGGCUCCAUCAUAGGCUUCGUUAUGCAAACAAGACACAAUUAAUAACAAUACGCCUACUGUAAUUAAUGAAAAUGAUUUCAGUUGCUCUAAUGGGGCUCUCUUUGCCACUUUACAUAUAUUUUGUUUAUUUAUCAAGGGAAAUGCAUUUCUAUACACAGGAGCCAAAGGAGAAAAACCAGAAUACCAUCCAAACAGUCUCGUGACAGUAGUAACAGCAAGAUGAGCAAUUAUAAUAUUUUUUUGGUUACCUAUGUUGUCUACAACCAUUGUGUCAUUUAACAUUCCUGAAUUUAAAUUUUAAAAGUGACCAUUUCUAAAAAAUUGAGCUACUAUGACAUUUCUUUGGAAGUGUUUAAAAAACAUUACCCUGCAGUACCAUGGUUUAUUUACAUAUGUACAUGAUAUACAUUAACUAAAUGCAACAAAAAUACAUUUAGUUAAAUAUUUAUAUUAAUAAGAUACAAAACAUAUUGUUUGUGAUUAAAGCAUCUUAUUUUGUUCAAAUAAAUCGUGUAGAUCGUGUACCA